AUGGAUAACAUAAAAGAAGCACAAAUAAUAUUAAAAGGUGUUUUAGAAGGAGGACAUAGUGAUUGGGUUACCUCUGUUUCGACACCCACAGACGCCAAAUUAAAAACUGUUGUUAGCGCUUCAAGAGACAAAAAAUUAAUCGUAUGGAAUAUAAACCCAGAUGGCGAGUCAGGAGAAAUUGGAACAGCCAAAAAGUCUUUAACAGGACACUCACAAGCAAUUAGUGAUGUAUCCAUAUCAUCAGACGGUUUAUUUGCUUUGUCUGGUUCAUGGGAUAAUUCAAUUCGUUUGUGGGAUUUAUCAUUAGGAGAAACAAUUAGAUCAUUUAUUGGACAUACAUCUGAUGUUUUUAGUGUAUCAUUUAGUCCUGAUAAUAGACAAAUUGUAUCAGCUAGCCGUGAUAAAACAAUUAAAUUAUGGAACACUUUAGCACAAUGUAAAUAUACAAUAACAGAACAACAACACACUGAUUGGAUCACAUGUGUUAGAUUUUCUCCAUCACCAAAACAAGCCAUUAUUGUAUCAUGUGGAUGGGAUAAAUUAGUUAAAGUAUGGAAUUUAAAAAAUUGUGAUUUAAAUAAAAACUUAGAAGCUCAUACUGGUGUAUUAAAUACUGUUACUAUAUCCCCCGAUGGAUCAUUAUGUGCAUCAGGUGGUAAAGACGGUGUAGCUAAAUUAUGGGAUGUAAAUGAAGGUAAACAUUUAUAUUCAUUAGAAACAGGUUGUACUAUAAACUCUCUUUGCUUCUCUCCUUGUGACUAUUGGUUAUGUGCAGCUACUGACAGAUUUAUAAGAAUAUGGAAUUUAGAAAGCAAAUUAAUUAUUGCUGAAAUAUAUCCAGUUAAACAAUAUAAAGUUGGAUUACCAUGGUGUACAUCAAUUACAUGGUCAGCCAAUGGACAAUUUUUAUUCUGUGGAUCCACUGAUGGAAAUGUAUAUGUUUAUGAAAUUAAAAAGCAAUCCAUUUAA